AUGGUUCUCGCCUCCCGCAACCCGUCACCCAUGAUGCUCGAACCUCCCUACCUCGUCGCUUCACCACUGAGUCCGGGCGUGUACCAACAUUGUCUUCACUUACAGCCCCGCGUGGCCCCGACCAGACUCAGGAUUAUGCAUCCACAUAUCACAAAGUCCAAUUGCUUCGGCUUGGGUCCAGGCCAAACCCGUUUCGACAUAAGACAAGGAAGACUGACGGCCGGACAGCUAGAGAAGAAGAAGCAGGAAUAUGAAAUGAUUAGGGAGCAAAAACGGCGAUUCGAAGUUGAGCUUCAAAAGCAUGAGCAGGAGCUUGCGCAGAUGCAAGAGGACUUAAGAGGUCCCCUGGCCGGCCAUCAGUCCGAACCUACCACACCUCCCGAGUAUCGCGAUACCUCGAGCGCCUUCCCCUCCAUCUUUUCCCGUCCCAACAGAUACUCGACCUCGAGCCUCACCUCCCCGCCUGGGCUCUUCAACCGCCCGGGUCGAUCGGGCUCCCAACUGGCUUCACCCCAAUCUGGUCUCCUCCAGAACCGUAGUCGGUUCGGAUCGGAAUUGCCUUCGUGGUCCGUUCCCGGAUCGAGGAGGAACAGUGACGAGGAUGAGAAGGAGGAGGCUGUUCGACAGGACCCUACUAGCCAUAGGUCAACAAACGCUCUUCACCGGUACUCCAUGCCAGUCACAAGGUCCCGUAAUGGGCUCUAUGACCUGGGUAAUCUCGAUGGUACAAACACGACUCGCUUCCUUUUUGGCGACGAUGACUUGGGAGAUUCAAAGCUUACUGCAACGACCACGGCUGACGACUUCCCUACCCUUGUUCGGCGGGAUGAUCCAUUGGGCCUCGCCGCCAUUGGCUCUGGUCAACUCAAUGGCACCCCUUCCGCGAAGUCAACAAACUCGCUUCGACACUCACUCGACCUCAAGUACCUCAGCGACGCCGCGUCUGAGACAGGUAACUCUAUCCACAGCUCUUCUACCAACCACGUCAUGGCCACUCCUCCGAAGUUGCAGAGCUCAUUCUCCACUGGAGACGUGACCGCUCCAAAGGCUGGUUCUAGCAGCCAGAGCUACGGCAGCCCCAACAACCAUGCCCAGCAGCAUUUCCACAACCACAACGCUAGCCUCGGUCGCUUCCCCGCCGGUCCUAUUGCUGGCCGUCACUCUCGCGAGUUGUCGAAUGAUGCCAACUCAUCUGCAUCGGCGCGCGACCAGUCUUCCGGCUACCCUUCGAUUCAGUCGACCCUCCAGGGUAGUGUUGCGCCCUUUGGCCCCAACAUGGUCGCUCCUGCCCACAGUCUCAAUUCCAGCAUCAGUGCUCCUGUCGGCUCUGGCGCAAUGAAUUACCCCUACUACGCUGGUGGCACCUAUGUGCCCAAUGCUGGAGGCCCUCCUACCACCUCUGCCCCUAACGCCUAUGGCGUUCCCAUCCUGACCAUGGGUCUUCAGAACAUGGGCCUCAACAACUACCCUAACGGCAGCUACAACGGUGCUUACGCUCCUCCUAGCUACCAAGGUUCCUCGCAGCAUCAGCGCGACAGCCAGGCUCGUGUGAUUCAGCACCGUCGCCAACUUGAUAAUGAAGCCAUGUCCAGGUACCACAACCUCCCUAUUGAGGCCGUUGUCGGUCAGAUUUACGAUCUUUGCAAGGAUCAGCAUGGUUGCCGCUACCUCCAGAAGAAGCUUGAGGAGCAGAAUCCCAGCCAGACCCACAUGGUUUGGCUUGAGACUAACCAGCAUGUCGUUGAGCUCAUGACGGAUCCCUUCGGCAAUUACCUCUGCCAGAAGCUCCUUGAGUUCUGCAACAAUGACGAGCGGACUGUCCUCAUCCAGAACGCUUCUGUCGACAUGGUCCGGAUCGCGCUCAACCAGCAUGGCACCCGUGCCCUCCAAAAGAUGAUUGAGUUCGUCUCGACCCCCGAUCAGGUGAAGAUUAUCGUCGAGGCCCUCCGCAACCGUGUUGUCGAGCUCAUUCAAGACUUGAACGGAAAUCACGUUAUCCAGAAGUGCCUUAACAAGCUCUCUGCGGCGGAUGCCCAGUUCAUUUUCGAUGCUGUUGGCACGCACUGCAUCGAGGUCGGAACUCACCGCCACGGAUGCUGCGUCCUUCAGCGAUGCAUUGACCAUGCCAACUCGGACCAAAAGGCUUGGCUUAUCACGCGUAUCACGGAGCACGCCCACGUCCUUGUCCAAGAUCCGUACGGCAAUUACGUGAUCCAGUACAUCAUUGACCUUAACGACCCGGCCUUCACGGAGCCCGUCGUCAACCAGUUCCGCAGCCACGUCCCGCCGCUGUCUCGCCAUAAAUUCAGCUCCAACGUCAUUGAGAAGUGCCUCCGAUGCGCCCAGGAUCCCUCCAAGGACAUGAUUGUCGAUGAGAUCCUUGCCCCUGGUGAGAUUGAGAAGUUGAUCCGCGACAACUAUGCCAACUACGUUAUCCAGACCGCUUUGGAGUAUGCCACUCCUUACAAGAAGGCUGCCUUGGUUGAUGCCAUCCGACCUGUUCUACCUAGCGUUCGCUCAACUCCCUACGGCCGACGUAUUCAGGCCAAGAUUCACAACUACGACGGCCGCAACUCCGGACAGGGAACUCCCGCCGACCCCACUGGUGGCCAGAUCCCCAUGCGUCCUUCCCACAACCGUGGCAUGUCCAGCGGUAACGUGUCUCUUGCCUCGGCUGGUAAUGUCGGCUUCUCGGGCAUCGGAAACGGCCUCUCUGGUGGUAACAGCUCCCACAUCCAGCCUCCCCGCAAUAACAACAACAAUGGGGGCAACAACACAAACAACAACAAUCACCAGAGCGGUUUCCCUGCUGCGAACAACAUCAUGCCGAUCGGUGCUGCCCCUGGCCAGAGGAUGCAGGUGGGACAGUUUGGCUACCCUCAGCCUCCUCGGAGCAACGGUAACACCGCGGGUGGCCCUCCUCCCCCUGCUGCCGGUGCAGCCUCCGCUACUGACAACGGCGAGUCUCAGUGGCUGUAA